CUCUUGUUAGCCUCGUCGCAUCUUGGAGCAUCUCCGUGGAUACAGUAUGCAAGAACUCCUCUUCCACUUAUUAAACACUCACCUCCCUCUCUGCCCUCUGCCUGCAUCUCCACCGCUCUGGAAAGACAAGGACGACAAGGAGCACACAACCUAACCUCAUUCCUAACCUGUUUCUGCCAACCUCAGAGCCCUGAGGGGGUCUACAGCAGAAGCAGCCAUGUCUAAUGCGUGGGGAUACGGACCAACCAACGGACCUGACACAUGGCUGGAAAGGUUUCCAAAUGCGAAGGGUCCCAGACAGUCUCCCAUCAACAUUGUUACCAAGGAGGCCCAAUAUGACCCAUCUCUGAAGCCUCUGAAAAUCAAGUAUGACCCCUACAAUUCCAGGGACAUUCUCAACAACGGACAGUCCUUCCAGGUGGACUUUGUGGAUGACACUGACAACUCUACUCUGACUGGAGGUCCCAUUUGUGGAACAUACCGCUUGAACCAGUUUCAUUUCCACUGGGGAGCCAGUGACGACAGAGGCUCUGAGCACAAUGUUGAUGGGGCCCAGUUCCCUUGUGAGCUUCACCUGGUGCACUGGAAUACCAAAUACUCUAGCUUUAGAAAGGCUGCUGACAAGGACGAUGGACUGGCCGUGAUUGGGGUCUUCCUCAAGAUUGGCGCACCCAACCCCCAGCUUCAGAAAGUUCUGGAUGCCCUAGACUUUGUCAAGACGAAGGGAAAGCAGACAACCUUCUCUAACUUUGAUGCAAAGACUCUUCUUCCACAUUCUCUGGAUUAUUGGACUUAUGAGGGCUCCCUAACAACUCCACCCCUGCUGGAGAGCGUCACCUGGAUUGUCCUCAGGGAGGUGAUCAGCGUCAGCUCUGUACAGAUGGCCAAGUUCCGAAGCCUCUUCUUCACCGGAGAGGGAGAAUCUCAAAUCUCCAUGGUGGACAACUACCGCCCCCCGCAGCUGCUCCAGGGCCGUCACGUCCGGGCCUCCUUUCAAUAAUUUCUCAAAAGUCCAGCCCUUAAGUGCCUACAUUUUUUCUGUAGUGUGUUUUACAUUGUCUUUUCUCUAAAGUUUAAAAGAUAUCUGAAAAUUUUCAUCCAAACUGAGACAGUCUCCUCAACAGUAAGAGUUUUAAAAACGUAAUGUUGAAUUUCAAGCACAGAAGUUGGGUGCGUUAUGUAAGACAUUGGUAAAUGUAAGACUUUCAGUAAACACUGAUGUUUUAAACUGCCUAUUAGAUUUCAUUUUGCGUUGUAUGACAAUGAAAGUUUUUAUCAACUUCAUGAAACCUUUUCUUGCAUCUGUCAUUGCUGGACAUUCUGUUCAUUAGAUUGCGAAAUAAA